GCUGACUCUCACACUCCAUUCAUUCAACAUGACAAACUGGAAUUGCUGGAGGUACCAAAGGCCCAAAAAUGGAACGACGCUGAGUCAGGUGAUUUGAAAGCCAAAGGCCGUCUCCAGCGACGCCAAACAUUGCAAGCAUUAAUUGCCCAUUCACCUUCAUGUCCGUCCAAUUGACUCAAGUGGACGAGAUCUCGAGCAACUUCAUAUAUCCGAACGGCUGGAAUGGUGGACGGUCGGGUAAACGACUUAUCCAGAAGGUUCCCAAGCACGUCAUCUCAGAAGACCCACACGUUCAAUUGGGCAGUAAAUUGUGGAGUUAUGUCGCCAUGGUGGUUGUCAUCAACAGUAUCCUGGCAUACUUUUCAGGCAGUGACCAAUAAAAUGAUAAAGGCUUUGUCUACCAGUG